AUGAAGGACUUAGUAGAAGUCAAGCAAGAAGAACACGAGACCUUGAUCUCGUUCGACGAGCCCAAGCGACGGUCGAUCGGCGUUCGAAAACGGCCGUGGGGGAAGUACGCGGCCGAGAUCCGUGACUCAACCCGCAACGGGAUUAGGGUUUGGCUUGGGACUUUCGACACGGAGGACGAGGCGGCCUUAGCCUACGACCAGGCAGCGUUUGCCAUGCGGGGCCCGUCGGUCCCACUAAACUUCCCGCUCGAGAAAGUGGUGGAGUCGCUCGAGCGGAUGAACUACCGGUGCGCGGAGGGCUCGUCACCGGCCAAGACCCUCAAGGAGUCCCACCGGAGGAUAUCGAUAACCAAACAUAGGAUUGCGAGUGAUAAUAAUACUGGGAAAGGACAAGAGGUCAUUGUAAAUAAUUGUGGUGAUCAGGUAAUAAUGAAGGAUGUGGUGGUUUUUGAGGAUUUGGGAUCUGAUUUGUUGGAUGAGCUUCUGUCUUGA